AUGAAUAGAAGCACCAAGUAUGAUAAUCCGAGCCCUCGAACAACGGCAAAUGUAUUUGGAAAACUGUCUUUCUGGUGGCUGAAGCAAUUAUUUUCUUACGGUAAGAAAAAUGAUCUGGAGGGCAAGGAUUUAUACAACACCCUAGUUGCCGACCUCAGUGAGCCACUUGGAAACACUCUGGAAAAAAAUUGGAACAGAGAAUUGGCUGCGGCACGUCAGGCGGGGAGAAAGCCAAAAUUCUUAACAACAAUCCUAAAAACAUACAUGUUGUCGCACAUGUACUACGGAGGACUGCUACUUCUACAUUCAACAUUGUGUGUAUUGCAGCCUUACGUCCUCGGUCUCCUUAUCAGCUACUUCGCUGCUGCUUCAACAAUCACAAGAGGAGAAGCGUAUGCGUAUGCAUCACUUGUCAUAAUGAUGUCAGCUGUUAUGGCUGUGACUGACCACCAUUCGCAAAUGGGACAGUUGGAGAUGGGAAUGAGAUUGCGCAUCGCGAGUUCUUCGUUAGUCUACCGAAAGAUUUUGAAGCUAUCCAGAAGCUCGGCAAACAGAACAGCGGGCGGUCAGAUAACGAAUUUAUUAUCGAACGACGUCGCCAGAUUCGAUCGGGUGUUCACAUUGCUUCAUUAUUUAUGGAUAACUCCAAUUCAGUACACAGCGCUGGCCUAUUUGAUCUGGCAAAAUGUGGAAAUGGCAACCCUGGCGGGAAUGUUCCUCCUUCUGAUGCAAACGGUGCCUGUUCAAGGAUACCUGAGUAGACUGACAGCUAGACUUCGGGCUAAAGUGGCAGUGCGCACUGACGAGCGUGUGCGACUGAUGAGUGAGAUAAUAACUGGAGUACAAGUGAUUAAAAUGUACACGUGGGAGAAGCCCUUCCUGCGGUUAGUUUCACUCGCGAGGAAACACGAGAUUGAUGUCAUCACUGUGAUGUCAUACUGGAGAGCAGUAAUACGAGCAUCGCUGGUGUUCACGGAACGAACAACUUUGUUCUUCACAGUAAUGACGUAUGUGCUUUUAGGGCACACUAUAUCAGCAGCCAAAGUCUUCUCCAUGGCGCAGUAUUUCAAUCGUCUGCAAGCCGGAGCGGCGUGGUACAUUCCGAUGGCUCUGACAUAUGCGUCAGAAGCAACAGUCACGAUUAAACGACUGGAGAAUUUCCUGUUACUGGAGGACAAUCAUCCACUCGCAAUUGAGCAAGCACCGGAUGAUGCAGCUUCAAUAAGAAUUGAAAAAGUCACUGCCUCUUGGGAUCAAGAGUCAAUAACGAAGACAUUGUGUGAUAUAAAUAUAACAAUAAAGUCUGGCACGCUGACUGCAGUGGUGGGUCCAGUCGGCGCCGGCAAGAGUUCUUUAUUGCAAUUGAUUCUUGGAGAAUUGCAUUCGACUCAUGGCCACGUGACAGUUGGGGGAUCAGUGUCAUAUGCUAGUCAGGAGCCCUGGCUAUUUGCUGGAAGUGUGAGGAAUAAUAUACUCUUUGGACAGCCUUACGAUGAGUCGAGAUAUCGUCAAGUGGUGCGUGCUUGCGCAUUGACCAAGGACUUUGUACAACUUCCUCAAGGUGAUAAAACACCGGUGGGUGAGCGCGGUAUGUCACUCAGUGGUGGACAACGCGCUAGAAUUAAUCUCGCAAGAGCCGUUUAUCGAAAGGCUGAUAUUUAUCUUUUCGAUGAUCCUCUGUCGGCUGUUGACACACACGUCGGUAGAAGUUUGUUUGAAGGAUGCUUCAUGGAAUAUUUGGCGGAUAAAACGAGGAUUCUCGUUACUCAUCAGGUGCAGUACCUCAAGGACGCUGAUUUCAUCAUCAUAUUGAACCGCGGAGUUAUUGCGAAGCAGGGCAGUUAUCACGAUUUCAGGCGGGACGAUUUCGAAUUACUACAUGUUGAUAAUAAGGGGGAGAAAGAGGAGGAGGAGGCGGUGGAGAAUCGAAUGAGUAAUGGCCACAUGCCUUUAAUUUCGCAAAUUUCCUACGUCUCGGGGACCGAUAGAGAGAGGGAGGAGAAGGAGGAGGAGGAGGAGGACGGCGACGAGCUUGAGGAGACGGAAGAGCUCAUCGCCAAGGGGAAACUAUCAGGGUCCCUGUUUGGGAAGUACUUCAGGGCUUCUGGCAGUUAUUUCCUGCUUUUCAUGUUCGUGGUAUUUUUGAUAACCGGACAAUUGGGGAGCAGUGGCUCGGACUAUUGGGUUGCCCAUUGGACUAAUCAGGUGGAGAUGCGACGCUACAAUCACGUCAUCCAGAACUAUUCAGCGAGGAAUGAGAGUCUCCAUAUCAAUGAGGAUGAAAAUUACACUUAUAUCGAAGAUUAUGUUUCUCUGACAAUAAAUUUGACAGAUGCACCUCACAACGAUGAUCGUCAUGUGGAUCACAGAGCUCUUUGGAUUUAUGGAACGUUGAUAACGGCAUGUACUAUUCUUACAAUCGCUAGGAAUGUAGUAUUUUUCAAAAUAUGCAUGAAUGCAGGGAAAAAUAUCCACACUCUCAUGCUCGAAUGUUUGCUUCAAGCACCAAUGAAAUUUUUUGACAAUAAUCCAUCAGGGCGCAUAGUUAAUAGAUUCUCGAAGGAUACUGGAUGCAUCGAUGAGCUACUUCCAAACGCCUUGAUAGAUUCCAUCCAAGUGUUUGCAGUGAUGAUAGGAAUACUAUCUCAAGUACUCAUCAUCAAUUGGUGGACUAUAUUCUCAAUGGCAGUGAUGGGCUACUGCUAUUGGAAAAUAAGAACUUUGUUCUUGGCAACUGCGCAGGAUCUGAAACGACUGGAAGGAAUCACAAAGAGUCCAGUUUUUUCUCAUGUCAAUGCAUCACUGGCUGGAUUGGCGACCAUUCGAUCAGCUGGGGGACAGGAGAUGUUGCGGAGGGAAUUUGAUAACCAUCAGGAUGUUCACACCAGUGCUAACUCGCUGUUGAUCUCUAUUAGUACGGCUUUUGGUCUUUGGCUGGAUGCUGUGACUAUUGUCUUUGUUGCUUUCAUCACUUACAGCUUCAUCAUUCUCAAAAAUGAUUCCACAUUCGCUGGAGAUGUCGGCCUGGCCAUAUCCCAAAUUUUGAUUCUCUGUGGUAUGCUACAAUACGGAAUGGCUCAGACUGCAGAAAUGGUGGCGCAAAUGACAUCAGUGGAACGUGUAUUACAGUACACUAGGUUGGAGAGGGAGGGGCCCUUCGACAGUGAAGUUAAUUCAAAGCCACCAGUAACUUGGCCUCGUGAGGGACGAAUAGAAUUUGAUCACGUUUAUUUGAGAUAUUCAGAGAAAGAUGCACCUGUUUUGAAGGACUUGAAUCUCAUUAUAGAGCCAGGCAUGAAGGUGGGAGUUGUGGGCCGCACUGGGGCUGGUAAAUCAUCACUCAUAGCUGCACUCUUCAACUUAGCGAAACUCGAAGGAGCCAUUCGUAUUGAUGGAGUUGAUACAAAGAAGAUCGGCCUGCAUGACUUGAGAAGAAAAAUAUCCAUAAUACCACAGGAACCAAUGCUAUUUUCAGCAACACUGCGUGAUAAUUUGGAUCCCUUCCAUCAAUUCAAGGACGAUCAACUCUGGGCUGCUCUGGGAGAAGUGGAGCUGAAGGGCCACAGUCAGUCCCUGGAUUAUCUAGUCACCCAAGGUGGUACCAAUUUCAGCGCUGGCCAGCGACAAUUGCUCUGUCUAGCCCGAGCUAUUGUCAGGAAUAAUAAAAUAAUCGUACUGGAUGAGGCGACUGCCAACGUUGAUCCAGCUACUGACGCUCUCAUACAGCGAACAAUUCGCGAGAAAUUCAAGGACUGCACAGUUUUGACGAUAGCACACAGACUCAAUACUGUUAUGGACAGCGAUCGAAUACUAGUGAUGGAUCACGGCCAAGUUGUGGAAUAUGAUUAUCCUCAUGAACUCUUACGAAAUGAGAAUGGAUAUUUAACGAGCAUGGCUAGUGAAACUGGUACUGCUACGGUCAACAAAUUGAAAACAAUUGCCGAAGAAACGUACAAGAAAAUAAAGCUCGACGAUAUCAGUAAAAAAUCCGAAGUGUAAAAUAACUUUUUUGUGAAAUAAUCAAUUCGAAUAAAUGCAAUCAAUGUGAA